CUUAAUAACCGUUAUAACUUCAAUCAACUUCAAGUCUAACAAUAAAUUAAUAGGGCAUAGUCAUUUUUGAGUUCUCAAUAAGAAACCAUAAAUAUUAUAGACUUUCAUCCAUACUUAUAGGCGAAUUAUUCUUGAGUUCACUUUUCAGUCUUACGGCAUCCUGCGAUCCUGCAGUAGGUAAACGGUCGAGAGCGAGUUUGUUAUAAUCUCACCAUCUUCUGUGCGCGUUGUGUUUAAUAUCUUAUAUUAAAAAAACAAACUGAAGUUAUUAGAUAUGGCUGUAGAAGAUAACAGUCCAGUAUCAGAAUGGUACAAAGGCAAGGUAAUUUUUAUAACAGGAGGCAGCGGAUUCAUGGGUAAAGUAAUGGUCGAGAAACUUCUUUACUCCUGUUCCGAUCUAAAGUGCAUCUAUUUACUGCUUCGGAGUAAACGGGGAAAAAGUCCGAAUCAAAGAAUACAAGAUUUUUGGAAGCUUCCAAUGUUCGAACGCCUGAGAAAAACUUAUCCAACAGCUAUAAAAAAGAUAAUCCCCCUAACAGGCGACUUGCAUUCCGAAAAUCUGGGACUUAAUGAAGGGGAUUUGAAGCUCCUAAUAAACGAAUGUAAUAUAGUUUUCCACAUGGGAGCAACGUUGAAACUGGAAGCAAAAUUAAACGACGCUAUAGAGCAAAACACAGGAGGCACCUCAAGAGUUAUCGAUGUAUCAAGGAAGAUGAAAAAUCUUCUCGCUUUCUUGCAUUUCAGUACCGCAUUCUGCUCCGCUGAUAUUGAUGUAUUCGAGGAAAGAGUGUACGAAUCGCAGGAUUCACCCCGAGAAGUUCUCGAAGUUACGAAAUGGCUAAAUCCGCAGGCUUUGGAAAUUGCAACACCUUCGAUCAUAAGUCCCCAUCCAAAUACUUAUACCUACAGCAAAAGGCUCGCGGAAUCUUUGGUAGCCGAUGAAAAAGAUAAUUUUCCAGUCUGCAUUAUUCGUCCUGCAAUCGUAAUUCCAUCGGUGAGUGAACCUGUGCCUGGCUGGGUGGACAGCUUGAACGGUCCAAUAGGUCUGCUGGUAGGAGCAGGAAAAGGUGUGAUACGAUCUAUGCAUUGUAAAGGUGAAAAUACAGGGCAAUUCGUGCCGGUCGAUUAUGCAAUUAAUGCUAGCAUUUGCAUUGCAUAUUUAGUAGGAACCAAUCAGACCGGAAGAAAAGAUGUCCCUGUAUAUAACUUGACCACAUCGUCCGCUGUAUCGAUUACCUACAGAGAAAUAUUGGAUAAAGGCAGAUCUUUAGUACGAGAUAACCCCUUCGAAAUGCAAAUUUGGUAUCCUGAUGGGGAUAUUAGAUCCUCCAAAUUUGUCCAUAACAUUUACAGUUUUUUCUAUCAUUGGUUACCGGCUAUAUUAAUCGACUUUUUAAUGAUUAUCUUCAGACAAAAAACAUUUAUGAUAAGAAUACAGAAAAAGAUUUACGACGGUUUGGAGCUUCUUGAAUUCUUCUCGGUUCGUGAAUGGAUUUUUAAAAGCGAAUAUUUCCUCGGAAUAGCCGAUAAAUUGAAUCAAAAUGAUCGCGAAAAAUUUCCGAUGAUAAAAACUCCAGAUUUGACGGACUACAUGAGAAAUGCGAUACUGGGGACCAGGCAAUAUUGCUUAAAAGAAGAUUUAUCUUCUUUGGACCGGUGCAGAAAAAAACAGAAACUGAUGUACUUAAUUCAUAAGGCCAGUGUUUACACAUUUUACUACUACAUUUUCUACCUGCUGAGUUGCAUUUUCCCUCCAGCAAAAUUAGCCUUUGAUGGAAUGAAGACAUGCUUCACCUACGUCCCUGUCGUUGGAUAUAUAUUUGCUAAUUAGUAUUAUUUCACAUUUGUGGAAUUGUUGCUCAACAGUUAAUAAUAAAUAUAUAAAUAUCUAGAUGCACAUUGUAAUACAUGCAUAUAUUUACUGUUUUUAAUUAACUUUUAAUAACACACUAUUAUUUUGUGUAAAACUGUUAUUUUUUUUAAUAAAGGGCGAGUUUUAGUAAUAAUGA